AUGCAACGUUCUCAGGACCAGAGGAUUAAUCUGGGUGAAUUGAAAGGGCACAUUGUGAAGAAGAUUGGAGAUGAAAGAUCGAGAAGGUAUUUUUAUUACUUAAGCAGGUUUCUGAGUCAGAAGAUUACUAAGAGCGAGUUUGAUAAGACGUGCUUCAGGCUGUUAGGGAGGGAGAAUCUCCCUCUACAUAAUCAGCUGAUCCGUUCAAUCUUGAGAAAUGCAACUGUUGCCAAGUCUCCGCCUACAGUUGAGGAAGCCGGUCCUCUCACCAAGCCGUUGGUGAAUGCUUUUCAGAGUAGAGGAGAUGGUCCUGAACAAAGUGGACCUUUAAUCCCUAACCAUAACCAGAAUGACCCUGUUUUGUCGAAUGGGAUUUUGCCCAUCUCUCCGCGGAAAAUUAGGUCUGGGAUACGUGACAGGAAGAUCAGAGAUAGGCCUAGUCCACUAGGGUCAAAUGGGAAGGUCGAACAUAUGUUGCAUCAGCCUAUUUUUAGAGAAGACAAUAGAGGUAGUGUUGGUAUGGAGAACGGGGAUUUGGGUCAAUUUGAUUAUCAAAGAUCAGGCAGAUAUGUUGCUGAUGAAAGAGAUGGGGAAUUUCUUCGUCCUGUUGAAAAACCGAGAAUACCAAAUAAAGAUCACGUUGCAACUGCAGCUAUGAGAGAUGAUGAAAAUCAAGAGGAGCAGGCUAGGCUAAAUCUAUCAACGAGUCCUCUGAUUGCACCUCUAGGGAUUCCGUUUUGUUCAGCUAGUGUCGGUGGAUCACGUAGGACGGUUCCCGUUCCAACCAGCGCUGAGUUAAUUAGUUGCUACGACAGUGGUGGAUUACCAGACACAGAGAUGCUGAGGAAAAGAAUGGAGAAUAUUGCAGCAUCACAGGGUCUUGGGGUUUCGAUGGAGUGUUCUAAUACGAUGAAUAACAUGUUGGACUUGUUCCUGAAGAACCUGAUCAAAUCGUGCAUUGAUUUGGUUGAAGCUCGGUCUACAAAUGGAGAUUCCAGGAAAAAAACUUUAGACAAGCAGCAGAGUCUAAACAAGAUUGUAAAUGGGGUGUUGCCAAGUAAUAGUUUGCAAAUACAAACUCCCAAUGGACCUUCUCACAUAACACAAGAUCAGCAUUCUGUGUCUCUGCUUGAUUUUAGAACUGCCAUGGAGUUAAAUCCACACCAGCUUGGCGAAGACUGGCCAAUUCUCCGAGAAAGAAUUUCCAUGCGAUCUUUUGAGGAACAAGAAUUUGAUGUGUGA